UUCCGGGCGGCAAAUCCCCGCGUUGCCGUGGCAACGCGAUGGCGGCGGCUGAGGAGAGCGCUUCGCUAUGGCUGGAGGCUCACGAGGACCCCCUGGCCGGGCUGUGCAGCUUCCCGGGCUGCAUGGCGCUGGUUGAUCUCCAUGGCGACGGCGACCACAAGCUGGUGGUCGGGGUGCCCCGCGGGCCGGGCGGGCCCCGCCUGGCCGUGGUGCGGGGCGCGGGCUCCAUGCGCAGCCUGGCUCUGCCCGAGGCCCCCGCGGGGUGGGGGCGUUCGGCCCGGCCUUCGGGGGGGCGGGCGGCUCCGGGCCGGGGGGGCCCGCGGUGGUCGUGGCCGCGGGCCCCGCGCUGUUCGUGUACCGGAACCUGCGGCCGUUCUUCAAAUUCGCGCUGCCGCCCCGCGCCCCCGAGCCCCUCGAGCGGGACCUGUGGCUGCAGGCCGAGCAGGAUCAGAUCGACCCCCUCACGCUGAAGGAAAUGUUGGAGGAUUUGAGGGACAAGGCCGAGGUGCCCCUGACGGCGCAGUCGCUGCGGCUGCUGGCGCGCCCCGAGCUGGG